GCAUUGGUUUUGCUUUACGGAAACUACUGAAAGUGAUUAAAAUUAUGUACUAUACGUUUACCUUUUUUUGUGGUUAAAGUGCUGUGUUGUUUGGUGGGCCACUGUUGCUUACUAUAAAAUAUUACCUUGUGUUAUUAUCAAUAAGACCUUUUCUUGAGAGAUCUAGUUAAACUGAAAUCUAAAAAUGCAACGUGAAGAAAAGCAGUUGGAAGUAACUCUUCAAGCCAUUCUGAACAGAGUGAAUGAUUUAAAAACUGCUAUCCAGGCUCUUAUUGCUAAACUUGAAAAUGAGUAUGAGACUAUCAACUGGCCAACAUUUCUUGAUAAUUAUGCCAUAUUAUCUGGUCAUUUAACUGGCUUAAGUAAAAUUCUUCAAGCCGAGAUGGCGCCUUCGCUGCGAGCAUUAGUAGUAUUGCCCCUACAGCUAGGCUGUGAGAGAGAUGAGGCACUGUCAAGGCUUACCGAAGGCCGUGUGCCAGCUUGCACACAUGACUUGGUGCCGGAUCUGCUGCGAACCAAGCCCGAACCGCAGGCUGAGCAGAGGCUACAACAGUUUAACCAUAAAGCUAGCACACUUAGCUAUGACACUGCUCAGAAACAAGUAGCCCAAUUCACAAAAGUCGUGAACCAUGUUUGGGAGAUUAUAUCCAAAGGACGAGAGGAUUGGGAAGGGGAAUCAAUGAGAUCUCAAGGCAUGCAACCGACGCACAGCAUUGGCGACACGCACGCGCUGGUGACGGCGGUGGGCACGGGCAAGGGGCUGCGGCCGGGGCUGGCGCUGGGCGGCGUGGGCGUGGGCGUGGGCGGCGUGGGCGUGGGCGCGCUGGGACUGGGCCCGGGCCCGCGCGCGCCCGGCCCGCCGCCGCCGCCCGGCCCGCAGCCCUCCGCCAUGCCCAAGGCGCCCUCCGCCAUCAAAACUAAUAUCAAGGCGGCCAACCAGAUACAUCCGUACCAACGAUAGAUAAGAAUUUUAAAUGAUUCGCGGUCAUAGUUUUAUUAGACUUAUAUUGACCAGAAUAUAAACCGUGAUUACACUGAUUGCCUAAAUUAGAUUUUUAUUGAGGUCCCGAUAUUACGAGUGUGAACGCAGUCGACGCGCGCGAAUGUGGGUAGAUCGCGCGCUGUCUACGCAACUUUACCCGCCGUCUGACUGCGUCAAAAUAUCGAGACCUCAAUAAAAAUCAAAAAGGUAAUCACGGUUUAUAUCUCGGUCAAUAUAAGACCAACGAUAGAUAUUUUAAUGUAAGAAUAGUAAAUAUAUAUUGUCAUUGUAUACA